AUGGGUGGCCUCAGCGGGACCGCACCCACAAUCAUUGGUGACACUGACCAAAGAGCAAGGCUGCUGGGAGAAUGGGUGGCCUCAGCGGAAUCGCACCCACAAUCAGACACACUGACCAAACCGCAAGGCUGCUGGGAGAAUGGGUGGCCUCCAGCGGGAAUCGCACCCACAAUCAUUGAACUGUCUGACCCUGCUCGUGACGAGGACCACACUCUGGAGGGCCUGAAGAUCCAGGACGAGCAGCACUUAGUUAUCGAAGUUCGGAACAAAGACAUGAGCUGGCCAGAAGAGAUGUCCUUCAUCGCUAACAGCAGUACAAUGGACCAACAUAAAGUUGCUACGGAGAAGGGUGCCACGGGCCUCAGUAACCUCGGCAACACGUGCUUUAUGAACUCUAGUAUCCAGUGUGUGAGCAACACCACGCCUCUCACUGACUACUUCAUCUCAGGAAGACACCUCUAUGAACUCAACAGAACCAACCCCAUCGGGAUGCGAGGUCACAUGGCUAAAUGCUACGGAGACCUGCUGAUGGAGCUGUGGAGUGGAACACAGAGGAACGUUGCUCCUCUCAAACUCAGGUGGACGAUAGCAAAGUACGCCCCGCGGUUCAAUGGCUUCCAGCAGCAGGACAGUCAGGAGCUCCUGGCCUUCCUAUUGGACGGGCUCCAUGAGGACCUGAACAGGGUGCAUGAGAAACCCUACGUAGAGCUGAAGGACAGCAACGGACGACCCGACUGGGAGGUCGCAUCAGAGGUCAGAGUUCAAUCAACAAACCAAUCAAACAUGUACACACACCCACACAGGCAUCUACACACAGCCUAUUAACCAACAUAUAUAAUCAAUCAACCUUUAUUUUCCCUGAGAAAGUUCUCCAAUAAAUGUUUUGGGGGAAAUUGAUCAGAGGGCCUUCAGUUGCCCAUCUCUGAUCUUAGGUCCUUAGAGACCAGGGGAGAGGAGAGGGGACAG